CGUGUCUGUCUGUCUGUCUGUUGUCUGACUGGAGCUGUGUGUUUUUGUCCGCUCCGCUGUCAAUACCACACUACUAGCCCAAAUAUUAAUGCAAUGCAAUGGGAAUAUAGCGAUCAUGGCUAAUAAUCUAAUUUUGUUAAUUAUUCUUGUCCUGGUUUGCAUAUUUGGAAUUUAUGAUGCUUUGUGGUGUAACUGCACCACAGCCCAGUGUGAGAAGACUGGCUCCCAGUGUGAGACAGACGGGGCCUGCAUGGCCUCCACGUCUUUCAUCAAUGGGCUGGAGCAGCACAUCCGUAUCUGCAUCACCCGGGACAAGCUGGUACCUCCGGGCCAGCCCUUCUACUGCCUGAGCGCUGAGGGCCUCCUCUACACACACUGCUGCUACACUAACUACUGCAACAGCCUCGACCUCAAAGUAACCUCUGUGACGUCUCGGCCAGGCCUGGGGGGUGUUUUUGGCCCUGAUGCUAAAUGGGGUCCAGUGGAGCUGGUAGCAGUGGUCGCAGGGCCCGUCUGCCUGCUGUGUGUGCUGCUAAUCAUGGGUGUGUUCCUGUUCCAGUACCACCAGCAAGCCUACAGCCACAGGCAGAGGCUGGAGGUGGAGGACCCCUCCUGUGACCAUCUCUACAUGGCCAAGGACAAGACCCUGCAGGACCUCAUUUACGACAUGUCCACCUCUGGAUCAGGCUCCGGCCUCCCUCUGUUUGUCCAGCGAACAGUGGCCAGGACCAUCGUGCUGCAGGAGAUUAUAGGGAAAGGGCGUUUCGGGGAAGUGUGGCGCGGCCGCUGGAGAGGAGGAGACGUGGCGGUGAAGAUCUUUUCGUCCAGAGAGGAACGCUCCUGGUUCCGCGAGGCUGAGAUCUACCAGACCAUUAUGCUGCGCCACGAAAACAUCCUGGGAUUCAUCGCCGCCGACAACAAAGAUAAUGGCACAUGGACCCAGCUGUGGCUGGUGUCAGACUACCACGAAUACGGCUCUCUGUUUGACUACCUGAACCGUUACUCCAUCACCAUCGAGGGAAUGAUCAAACUGGCACUGUCUGCUGCCAGCGGCCUGGCACACCUGCACAUGGAGAUCCUGGGCACACAGGGUAAGCCUGGUAUUGCCCACCGGGACCUCAAGUCUAAGAACAUCCUGGUGAAGAAAAACAGUACCUGUGCCAUUGCUGACCUGGGGCUGGCCGUGCGCCAUGAGUCCACCACCGACACCAUAGACAUCGCCCCCAACCAGAGAGUGGGCACAAAGAGGUACAUGGCCCCUGAGGUUCUGGAUGAGAGCAUCAACAUGAGGCAUUUUGAUUCGUUUAAGUGUGCAGACAUCUACGCUCUGGGCCUGGUUUACUGGGAGAUCACACGCCGCUGCAGCGCUGGAGGUAUCCAUGAGGAGUACCAGCUACCGUACUUUGACCUGGUGCCCUCUGACCCCUCCAUAGAGGAGAUGAGGAAGCUGGUGUGUGACCAGAAGCUACGGCCCAACGUGCCCAACUGGUGGCAGAGCUACGAGACCCUGCGUGUGAUGGGGAAGAUCAUGAGGGAGUGUUGGUACGCCAACGGAGCUGCCCGCCUCACCGCCCUGCGCAUCAAGAAGACCCUGUCCCAGCUGAGUGUCCAGGAGGACAUCAAAGUCUGAGAGGGCCCUAUCCCAAAGAUCUGAGGAGAGCACUGGGGACUCUGUCCUGCACUAAAAAAUACUGAGAGAGAUAGAGGGACAGUGUCUUUUCAAAGAACGCACAAAUGUAAACAAACAAAAAAACAUUACAUGACUCUCCUGCCAGUUUUUGUUUUUAAAGCCACCACCGCCUGAGUUGUGACAAACCCUACCUCGUCUAUUCAGCCAAAACUACUGGCAACCCCUGUCCAUCCCUUGCCCCCAACCUAUCCCACCAUUCUGACCCACAAACCUGUUCCUGCAGCCCCCUUCUCUGUUCUGUUCCUACUAAAAUGACUGCAAUUACUGAUAUUACUACUACUCCCGAUAAUGCCCAUGUUAAUCUCAAUGGCAGGAUAAACACUGAGUGUACAAAACCAUUAAGAACACCUUCCUAAUAUUGGGGUGGAACCCCCCCACCCCUUUCCCUAAGAACAGCCUCAAUUCAUGUUGACUCCAAUGCUUCCCACAGCUGUGUCAAGUU